AUGCUUGUCUUCAUUGUGGUUUUCACCAUCCAGGCUGUGAAGUCAUCGCGUGAACCUGAGAAGUUUGACCGGCUGGUGCUCUUCAUUGUCAUGGGCGCCGGGUCGGCUGUGGCUUUGGCCAAAGCUAUCAGCAUGAAACCCAAGAAGGAGAAGAAAUGA